GAGAAGCGGAGCUGGUUCAUGUGACACUCCCAGGUGAGCCGCAGCAGGGGAGGGGUUGGGUCCAGCCCUUACUUGUUCAACCAGUGCAACGGGAGAAAGCAACACCUCAUUGACUCAGGGAGCGCUGCACCUUUAACCUGCCCUACCGGUGCUUCAUUUUUUCUCCCUCUCUGUCUCUCCUGCCACCUUGAUGGUAUUGCCUCCCCCGCCCAGUCCAUCCGCCCUCAUUCCAAACAAUCGCUUUGCCUUUGAGCAGAUAAACUUUGCUCCUUUUCCUCUUUGUCCAGGUACUCAAGCAGUCUGUCUACCAGCUUAAGUGGCUUUUUUGCGUCUCUGCAAGGGGAAAAGAAGUACAGGCUGCUGUUUCCUCCCCCCCCCCCCCACCACUUCCUGGUUUGUUGGAUUGAUGCUUGGCAGCUAAGGAAGGAAACCGAGGAAGGAUCCCCCAGUGGCAGCCAGCCCACCAAGGCAGGGAGCCAUGGGUGCGUCAGAGGAGGAUUAUAACUUUGUUUUUAAGGUGGUCUUGAUUGGAGAGUCUGGAGUUGGGAAGACCAACCUCCUUUCCCGUUUCACUCGCAAUGAGUUCAACCAUGACAGUCGAACCACAAUCGGGGUUGAGUUCUCUACCCGCACCAUUAUGGUGGGAGACGCCUUGGUGAAAGCACAGAUCUGGGACACGGCCGGGCUGGAGCGUUACCGCGCCAUCACCUCUGCUUACUACAGGGGAGCAGUGGGUGCCCUCUUGGUUUUUGAUAUCACCAAGCACCAGUCGUACGAUGUGGUGGAGCGCUGGCUGAAGGAGCUCUAUGACCAUGCUGAAGCCACCAUAGUUGUGAUGUUGGUCGGCAACAAGACAGACCUGGCCCAAGCUCGAGAGGUUCCAACGGAGGAGGCCAAAAUGUAUGCAGAAAACAACGGCCUACUGUUUGUGGAAACUUCAGCGUUGGAUUCUACAAAUGUGGAACUGGCUUUUGAAACUGUUUUGAAAGACAUUUUCAACAAAGUGCAGAAACAGAAGCAGAAAAGCCCACUAGACAACACAGUUGCACUCUCUGCUGAAAACUCCAACACCAUGUCUGCUUCUUCAUCCACGGAAGGGAAGCGCGCAUGCUGCCUCAACCUCUGAACGGGAUAGGGGCAUAUGGGGAACAUCAGCAAGGUUGUGGAGACAAUGGGAAGCAUGUGCGGGAAUUCCCAGUCAAAUGCUGGAUAGUUUGCGGUCGAGAGAUGCAGUCAGUCUCUGCAAGUGGUUGGUAGCUUAUGAAACUUGGAUCUGGCCGUCCCUAUCAAAAUAGAGAGACCAUAUGGUAUCUUGGAAGAAAAGAAUGAGGCAAUUUGUGUCACUAUGGACCAUGAAAAAUUCACCCUGUCUCUGUAUCUAGCCAUAGUUCUCUGCACAUAAAAGUGGGCAUAAUCCAGCAAAAAUUAGUUUGCAUUGAGAUAGGAUUUAGCUAUGACCAGCAUAAGUCCCAAUAGCUAUAGUGAAGUUUACCCCUUUAUGAUAACCAGAAUGAUUUGGAAGUUAAGUGAAUCUUUUCUGGUAGUCAGUUAAACAUCUGAAACAAAACCCUGAUGGCCAUUAAUCCUGAGAACCAAUGUGGUGCACUGAAUACUAGGAUCCUUGGAGACCCGAGUUUGAAUCCCAGCUUCUACCAUGAAAGCAUGUUGGGAGACUUGGCUCCAUCACAAACUUUCAGCCAGGCCUACCUCAUAGGAUUGUUGUGAGGAUACAGAGCACGGAGAACAAUGUUCUAAACCACUACGAGUCUUAAUUGGAGAGAAAAAGUGGAAUAUAAAGAAAUAAGGGCAAAUGCAUGCAUUAUUUUAAAGCAAAGUCAGCUUUGGGAAGGGAAGAGGCCUUUUUUUUUCCUUUUUGCAUGGAGGCAGGGCUUUUUAUGCAAAAUAUCAUUCAGAAUUGGAAUUGAACACCUGCAGUUGUAAGAGGCAUGGUUCUUCUCUCCCUGUCAGCUUUUUUGCCUCCUGCAUGUGUGACUAAACUCUUGCUGAAUUUGCCAAAUCUCUGUAACCAAAACUUUGUGUAAUAAACAAAAUAACUCAUCUGAAUACAAGCCAUCCAGAAGACAUGAACACAUCCAUGUGGGAAUGGAAAUCUGCCUCUAUGUGUACAUUUAUAUAUAAUAUAUUUUGUAAAUAAAUUGCGCUGGAAUCUA